UCCAAUUUGAUCAGCAUGCGUUCAUUAGGCGUUCUAGGUGUAGCGCUACAUGCCUCUCUGCUCAUACUCCUGACUCAAGGAAUUCACAGAUCUAGAGAUGGAGUUUAUCACGGAAAAUCACGACGCUUUGCUACAGACCACCGUCCACCUGGAUUCCAUCACCUGGCACCGAAGUAUAUGAUGCACCUUUACCGGAAUUACAAGUCAAAUCUCACUCGGCCUAUAGACGUAAUGGAGAAGGCCAUCGCAAAACAAGCAGACACAGUCAAGAGUGUGAUGGCAAAAAGUUUAUUUCACAGACCCCGACGCUGGACUGCAACCUUUGACCUGACCACCUUAUUGGCCGACGAACGGAUCCAAGCAGCGGAGCUCAGGUUCAGGUUUCCCCGGGCGACGAGGGCUUCCAACAUUACCAUGGAGAUCUACCAUCACCACGACUACCCGUGCAGGCAGACACAGGGGAUCUGCCAGGAACACCAGCUGGUGGGAUAUUUCUCCGUCUCCUCUGUGAUUAACUCCUCUCAGCACUGGAAGGUGUACAACCUUACUGAUCCGCUGUUGAACUGGCUCGGCCAGGAACACAUUUCCAGGAGCUCAAUGAAGAGGAGAUCACCAAACAAGACAAAGAGAGAUGUGUACUUCCCCAACCCUGUCCAGUUGGCUGGGUCUACAACACAGCAGAACCCUGUCCAGUUGGCUGGGUCUACAACACAGCAGAACCCUGUCCAGUUGGCUGGGUCUACAACACAGCAGAACCCUGUCCAGUUGGCUGGGUCUAAAACACGGCAGAAUCCUGUCCAGUUAACUGUGUCUAAAACACGGCAGAAUCAGUGUGUGAGCGACAGAGCCUUACUGGUUGUAUUCUCUCAUACAGGGUCAGAGGAGGGCUUCCAGUCCAAAGCCAGUCUCCUCCACACAGCCGAACAGUCCAAGUUCCUGUCCACCACCGAGUCCAAGAAGAUCCGCAGGCCGAAGAAACACAGGAAAAAAAGGGGCCACUCAGGCCAGAGGGAUCCACCAGACAUGAGGGGUCCAGAGGUGUCGAGCGGAAACAUUGAGAUUGACCCGUCUCUCUGUCGAAGAGUUGAAAUGCAUGUAGACUUCAAUCAGAUAGGCUGGGGGUCCUGGAUCGUCUUCCCGAAGAAGUAUAAUGCCUAUCGAUGUGAGGGGAUCUGUCCAAGUCCUUUGGGAGAAGACUUGAACCCAACAAAUCAUGCUUACAUGCAGAGUCUCCUAAAACACUACCACCCUGAGCGGGUUCCCUCGGCGUGCUGCGCCCCCACCAAGAUGAGUCCUCUAAGCAUGCUGUAUUAUGAGAAUGGAGAAAUGCUGCUUCGCCAUCACGAGGAUAUGGUUGUGGAUGAAUGUGGCUGCCUGUAGCCUCUGUCACAGGCUUGAACCCGACCUUCAGUAAAGACAUGGCCGGAGCAAAGCCCCGGGGCCGUCUUCUCACAACCGCUUGAGAUGGAGACGAGGCUACCACUCGUCUCCUCCGGACGCACGCAACAGAGAGUUCCGGAAACUUUAGAGUGGAAUUUCACUGACAGAACUAUUAUCCGAGAGUCUGUAUCAGAUGAUUGAAAACAAUAAGAAAACACUUGGUGUGAGUUCUUUUGAUUAUUGUGACUGUGCACUCUUCAAGCAGUAUGGUAGAUGUCCUGUAUGUUUAGAAAGCCUGGAUAUAUACCGUAUGGAUUUUCUCUCAGAACGUGACUGAUUUUAUCUUACUGCUUUUAGGAAUCACUAAGAGGACAUGCCACUUCAUUAUAAGUCAUAGGAAAUGGUGUUGUUCACCAUUUAAGCACUGUUUAUACUAUAGUAUACACCUACUGGGUGUAACGGAACAUUGACAUUAUAUUUAUUGUAAAUAAUAAUAAAAUAAAGCUGGGGUAUUUAUGUUAAUUUAUUGCUCUCUCUGUUUUAGGAGGAUUUUGUCAUAAAUAUGUUUUCAUAUUGUAAAAAUAUUUUGUCAGCUGAUUAAUGUGUAUGUAUUUUUUAGUAUUUGUCAUGUUAUUCAUUCAUUAGUAACAUAACAUAUGCUUAUGACUCUUGUCUAUAAAAAAACACGAUAUGUACAUUCA